AUGGGUGACCCGGGUAUUCUGCCAGAAAAGGCAUCGUUCAGUCUUCAGACUGAAGCAUCCUCAAUAUUCGAGAGCAUUCUACGCGAUCCCCGUAUAGACGUUCCUGAAGAAGUACAAGCCCUCUCCGACAAUGUACGUUUCGUGGGAGAAGAGACUCAACCGUUUUAUCCCACUCCCUACAAGGCAGCGGAGUCUCAGGCUGGUAUACUAGGUCUGGUGGCUCUGUUUGCCCUAGCCAUCGCCAAAGAUCGUUAUGGCAUCGUUCAAGAAUGUCAUAUCGACGUGGAACACGCGCUUUUGAACGGUUUGGGUGCCCUUUUUGCACGCAGUGAGGGCGAAUGGCUGUCUGGCAGCGCUAAGAUGAUGGGAGCUGUACAGCGUUGGGAUCAUGGCAGGACUCGCGAGUUAUACCGCCAACUCGCGACCAACAUCUACAAAACUAAAGAUGGCCGAUGGUAUUCUCUUCAUGGGAAUAUGGAUCCUACCCCUCUACUGAAAAUGCUCAAUGUGCCUCAACACAAUGAAAAGGAUCUCUCAUGGAGCGGAAUUCUUGACAUGUACGCUGGAAUUAUCGGCGACAUCGACUCAGAGACCCUUGACAACUGGAGCAAUAACGUUUACCGCACACCGGGAACCGUAUGCAUGGAAAAGGAAGAAUUCGAAGCAACCCCACACGGCCAAGCUAUCAAGCACGAACCCUACUACAACCUUCUCUCUCAGCCAUACUAUACCCAGCCCAAGGUAUUUUGGGACAGCAUACCUUUCAGUCCCACAGACCGCCGGCCCUUGUCAGGGCUGAAAGUUCUUGAUCUGGCUCGUGCCAUAGCUGCACCCAGUAUCGGGCGUGUGUGCGCAGCCCUGGGCGCAACGGUGAUGCGCAUUUCGUGCUCCACAAACACGGAAUUGCCAAUCACCCUGAUUGACGGAUGCAUUGGCAAGACCAGUGUGGAUCUCAAUCUAAAGACGUUUGAGGGUCGCAAAAAGCUUUUGGAGUUGAUCCAAGACGCCGACGUCUUCAUCGAUGGCUACAGGCCAGCUGUACUGGAGCACCUAGGAUUUGGCCGUGACGCUGUGCUGGGUUUGGUCUCCAAGCGUGAUCGAGGCAUUGUAUAUUGUCAGGAGAACUGCUACGGCUGGAGAGGGCCUUGGGUCAUCAGGCCGGGAUGGGCGCAGAUUGCAGACACGGCCUGUGGGAUUGGACUGGGUAUUGGCCGCUUCAACGGAUUUGAUGAAGCCCAUAUCUUCCCCGGUCCAAAUGCAGAUUACUUGACUGGUCACGCCGGUGCGGCCGCUGUGCUACAUGCAAUCUACCUCCGUAGCCGUAGAGGUGGCUCGUAUGUUACACAAUGCUCACUGCUCGUCUCAAAUCUGCACAUGCAGUCGUAUGGGACCUACACAGAAGAUCAGCAGAAGGUUAUGAAAGAACGAAACAAGGAUUUGAUUGGCCACAUGCGCCACUACGAUGAGAUUGUCAGCCAUGGUAAGAACAGGCAUGUGGUUCGAGGCUUUAUCGCAGAUCGAGGACUUGAGAAAGCGAUAAAGGAGAAGUUCUAUCAGACGGUUGACGGCCGUCCUUGGGGUCUCGGCGACGUGGAACUGGUCAAAUCUGCUUUGGUCUUCCAAGGCGACAAUCAAAACCCAGCCAUGAGAACUGACUGGACAGUUGGACCCUGUCCUCCUGGUUAUCAUGAGCCCGACUGGGAGCGGAAGCUGAACCCUCUGUUUGAGCCUAUUCAGCCUGCUGGUCAUGUUCAGAGCUAG